UAUUCAAUGGCUGAUUUUGCACGUUUUACUUUUUUUGUCAUGCAAAAACUGCACAUUUUUUAAAACGAAUGACGCUUCUCCCCCAAAAGAUUUACAGGAUAAUUUCCAGAUUUGAUAUGCCGUUGGUUGCUUGGAUGCUGAAAACGUCCAAGAAGCCAAAGGAGACAAUUGCGUCAUGGACGUGUUUGGGGAGAGGGGGGUUGAGAAUAAUUUUUUUUCAGUUGGACGAGCAUGGACCUAUAGGAACACGGGAUACCAACGCCAAAGCUGCGUGGACAUCAUGUGUCUGCAUUUGAAGUUUAUAGAAAAAAAACACACGCGUAAAUCCGUGAGGGUGAGCUAGGAUGUGAGCUGGCUUCGGUGGGACCCGGAGGUGAACAGGGUGAAGAAUGGGUGGGGGGUUGGUCACAGCGCGAAGGAGGGGCUGGGAUCUUUGUAACAGACAACCAUCUGGUCCCCGUGGCGCGUGCUGCGCGCGUGGUUCCCCUGAGUGCUGAGGCAUUUGAUGGACUGUCAUCUCUCCCAGUUUUUAGUAAUAAUAGAAGAAGAAAAAAACGGUUUCACCAUGUUUGCAAAUCUUCUGAUCGAUGAAAAGUUAUAUUAAUCAAAUUAACUAUUUAGAGGUCUGCGUAAAGUCAAAAUAUUUAAAUUUAGCCAGAACACACUGGGUGAUUUUAUAUUUCAUGGUGUCUUUUGUGACCAGCAUGCACCGCCCUAUCCCCUCCUUCCGUUAGACAGCCCCCACCUCGCUGCACGAAGCGUCAGCAGCAGUCGGAUACCCCCUCCAGGUAGUGACUCCCGCAGGCAGAAACUGCAUAGACACGUCACAUGGAUAUGCUAAACUAUUGUGGUUAAAAUAUAAGAGCAGAUGUCAGUUGAAAGUAUGGCGUGGCUUGGGUAUGAUUAAAGCAAGAGUGUGUUUGUGAAUUAUUUUCCACACACACGUCUGACCCAUCUACAUGGUUCAUGUAGUUAGUCCCGUUGUGUUGAGUAGACAUCCGUCUAAAAUAUCUAAAAUACAAUAAUUUAAAAAUAAAUCACACAUAUAGAGAUCAACAUGGCUCUUUGUUCACAUGACAGAAUUACGCAUCUUGGAAACCUCACCAAGAAACUGCAUCAGAUAAACAAAUACACGCACAUUGAGAAUGUAUUUUAGACAUUUUAAAGUUAUAUGUAAAAAGAAUAAGAGUUAGUUUAAUUGUUUAAAAUACAUUUAUGAUUUUAGGUAUUAGGCAGAAAUAUAAGCUGUACAUUUUUGCAUUUACCUUGGAUCACUGUGUAAUUACGCACCAGCAACUGUGUGUAGUGUUUUGUUUUAAACACAAAAUAAUUUUCAACAAAGGUAAAAAAAAAAAAUAUCGAAGCAAAGUUGUUUACUGAUUCGUGGGUUUGGAAUAAGCUACUGCGUUUGGCAUUUAUGCGUCUUUACGCACGGAUCUCUGCAGCUUUUUGACGCAGCGUUUUUUUUUCUUUCUCUAAUGCAGACACGCACAUCGGCGUCGCAUAUAUUAAAGUUGAAACAGAUGGUUAUCUUAUUAAACUUGAGGCUUUGUGUUGUUUUUAUGGAAUAGGAGCUGGUCCAAAUCGUUUUGAGUUGGCUUGGGGGCGUAGCCGUGACGCACGGAAACCAAAGCCGUGGGCCUGGAUAAAUACCGCACUUCCUGGCCGUUAGAGACACUUCUUCUACGAUUUCGUUUCUGAACACUUCUGUGACACAAAUAUGACGAUGAACAUGUCUCCAAACAUGACUUAUGAAGCUCCUGCGCCUCUUUCUCCAAGGCUGACUGUUGCUCAAAGAAAAGAGGCUCUUGAACUGAGAAAGACAAUGAAACCACUGAUGGAAAAAAGAAGGCGCGCUCGUAUCAACGACAGCCUAAACCGCCUGAAAAACCUCAUCCUUCCUCUCACGGGCAGAGACAAGACAUUCUACUCCAAACUGGAGAAAGCUGACAUCCUAGAAAUGACCGUGCGCUUCCUCAGUGACGUUCCACCUGUCAGCACCAAAAACCCAGCAGACAGUUACAACAAAGGCGUUAAAGCCUGUCUCCAGCGCGUCUCCGCUUUGCUCCCCAAGAUAAACUUGGAAGAAGAUGCGUGCAAAAGGGUCAACAGCUUCAUCCAGAAGACUGCGUCUGCUACGAACACCCCGACCUGCCUGAACUGCUGUGCGCAGAGCUCCAGGACAUCCCCUCAGAUCCAGCAGAGACUCCGGAGCCUGAAAUCCAGCUUCAGCUCCAAACUGGAGAGCCAGACCCGCAGCAGCUCAGCAGCAGCACCCGUCAGAGCGCAGAGCGGCCCGCAGCCGCUCAGCACUAAUGUAUGGAGACCCUGGUAGAUUCAGUUUUUCUAAAAUCACUGUAAAAAUUGUAAAGUAAUUUAAAUUAGGGGAAUGUUUUGAAAUUAUAGCAUAUCUUGUAUUUUUCUUUUUACCUUUUAAACACUUAUUUGAUGUUAAGUAUCAUAUACUUAAGUAUUGCGCGCGAGUCUGUUGUCUUAUAUAAAAAUGGCAAAUUUAGACGGUCGUAUUUUUCUUAAAUCCGCAUGUAUGUACACGUCAAGUAUUUAGUCCUCGUCCUGGACUGAGUGAUGAAGGGCUAUUGAAACAGCCCUGUAAGACCCAAAGGGUCAGUGUAAAGUUACAUUUGCAUCACAGACUUCCUUUCUAAGUCUGUGCAGAUGAGCAGUGUAGACAUGUAUUGUCUCAGUGUAUAUCUCUUUUGAGAUGAUGUGUUUUAUUUUUGCUAUUUUCAGCAAAUGUUGUAUAUGUAUAUAUGAUGUAAAUAAAACUGCAAUGUUGUGGUUACA